AUGGCGCCCACAUACAGCAUGCCAUACACACCCGCUGAUUACGUCGCUUCCGAAGCACUACUUCCCGAGGAAUUCUUCGGUUAUGCCGACAUCCCAACUCUAGUGAAGAUUCACGAGGUUCUGUGCAAUAGCGAAACACAGGAUGAUAUCGAGCUCGCUACAUGGAUACAGGAAAGAUACCUCAGCGCCCCCAGGAACGCGUCGUUGACAGAACCGAUGCGUACCGCACAGGAAUUCAGCAGAUUGGACAGGGCUUACCGUAGGGUGCGGUCUCUCAGUGGCAAAACCCAGGACAAAUGGCCAAUCCUCGACUUACAUUUCAAGGAGAUGUCAUCAGCUAUGGUUCGAAAUAACGCGCGCGGUGAAGCCGCUCCCGGAGUCAUGUUCCCAAUUGACGGAUUGCAGAAGAAAGCUUGUCUAGCUGGGCAGCCGCCCCACGGGUUUGUCACACCUGAUGCUUCUUCACAGAGCAACCAGCAGGAGACACAUCUCGCCUCAAAAUCGGAUAGUCAUGCAAUGUCUCAGACCGAGCCACCCCCAUCAGGCUUGCCUAAAACCGAGGAAGCUCUUGGCCAGACCUCACCUAACGACAAGAGUGGCGCUCUUCUAUCAAAUCCCAUAGGCGGUACCGUAUCGCGCAACAUCAGCUCCAACCCCAGUGAGGAUUUGCAGGCAGAGUCGGAAGUACGAGAUGCGGGCGCGGGUAAGGUUCGCGGCCCAAAUGGACGCUACCUACCCAAGGACGAUGUCGAGCCCGAGACCAAAAAAGCUAAGAAGCCGAAGAAGGCAGUCAAGCCCCGUACGGGCUUGAGAAAUAUGAAGAAACAGGAAUCACCUGCACCAAACACAGUCGGCGAAAAAACCGAGACUGCACCAGCCGAAGAUGAAGAUCUGAUGGCAGAUGUCCAGCCGCCUUCGCCUCCAGUGUCUAGCCAUGAGGCUGAGGAGAUGAAUGGAGUGGAAGAUGUCACAUCUGUCAAUCCAGCUUCUGACAUCGUCGUACCAUCCACAACUGAUCUGGCUACAUCCCCUACAGCCGUAAACGAGCAAGAGGCCGAGAUGGAGGAGGAAGUAGCGUCUGGCUCGGUAUGUGCCUCUGCGUAUCUUCUUGCAGCUGCGGCUGAUCCAGUACCGUCAAACUUGGACAAGCUACCUCCUAACUCUAGGAAGUCCAUCAAAAGAAAGAGUGAGCCAACUGCCACGUCUGGAGACCGUAAGCGGGGUAAACACGGCGAGAUAGUCGGCCGCCCAAGGAAGUCCGAGCAGCAAGGAAGCGACACAUCAGAUCAAGCGCCAGUUCAGCAAGAAGAUGAGAACGUCACAAGGACAGAAGAUCCACCUCAGAUGGUAACGCGUCGAGCCACCCGACGCUCUGCAGCCGCAAACCUGAACGCUUCCGAAACCAACAAACCAGAUGCGACGUCAACGGCAAACUCCCCUAUAAAGGCACCAGUCGACCAGCCGCUCUCAACUUCGAAGAAGCCAUCGAAAUCCAAACGAAACCCAAGAAAAUCAUCCGCUCCCGACGAAGACGAGGUUAUGAGUGGGACCGAAGAUCGCGAAACGGCUAGUCGUGAGGAGACUCUUAAGCCUACUCCCAUUGUUAGAGAAGCCAGCUCUACGCCUUCGUAUGCUUUGGGAAGCGUUGCGCCCUCGCAGCUUCCGGAUAAUCAUUUCUUGAGCAUCGGUAUUAGCAGAACCAGCUCCCCCGCCCUUCAUCCUCAGCCGUCUUCGCACCAGCCCUAUCAAUCACCUUACCAGGCGGUGCCGCCAACGCCACCACCUACAGUUGUUGCAAAAACGCCCCUCGUUAACGGCACAACAUCUACUUAUCCGCCAGGUCACGUGGAAUAUUUCGCUCGCAUCACUACAAGCAACGGCAGUACAAUGGACUUACCGAUCGAAGAGAGCCAAAUCGAGAGAAAAGAGAUGGAGACGAUCAAGAGAUAUGCCGAGUAUAACGCUGUACCCAACGCGGUGCCAGUAUUGUAUCCUCAGUUCCGGCAGAUCUGGGCUUUUGCGAAACAGGGUUGA